AUGGGGGACGAUCCGGGGAGGCUUUAUCGUUUGGAUGGAGUCGCUCAUAUCGCCGGGGUGAUCAACGACGAGCCACGGCGUUGCAUAUCUAGCUGUAGGCGGCAACAGGGGAUGCGUCUUGAUGAGCGGUACGUUCCGUACUUGCAGAUGGCUGGCAUGUACCAUCUUGCAAGGCUGAACGACAGAUGGUUCCGACUAGACGAGCCUCUAGUCAGUGCAUUCAUCGAGAGGUGGCGGCCUGAGACGCACACCUUCCACAUGCCGUUUGGAGAGUGUACCAUCACGCUUCAGGACGUCGCAUACCAGCUUGGAUUGCCUGUGGACGGUCAUUACGUUAGUGGUUGCUUGACAGACUUCCACCUAUACAUUGAGGGUGGGAGGCCGGCUUGGACGUGGUUCCAUGAGUUGCUCGGUGUGUUAUCUCCUGAAAACCAAAUUCAGAAAUUCGCAGUCAACUGCACAUGGUUUCAGGAGACCUUUGGAGAGUGUCCAGACGGGGCUGAUGAGGAGACAGUUAGGCGCUUUGCCCGUGCCUAUAUCAUGAUGUUAUUGGGCACGCAGCUGUUUGCCGACAAGUCCGGCAAUCGUAUACACAUCAGAUGGCUACCGUAUGUUGCUCGGCUUGAGGAGAUGGGUCAGUAUAGUUGGGGGUCGGGGGCACUAGCAUGGUUGUACCGGUGCAUGUGCCGAGUGGCCAACAGACAUGUGGUGAAGUUAGCUGGCCCUUUACAGUUACUGCAGUCUUGGAUCUUCUGGAGGUUUCCUACUUUUAGACCAUCUGGGUAUGAUGAGAUUAGCUGGCCCCUUGCGUCGAGAUGGUCUGGUUACAAUCCUGGGAUUAGCAACAAGGGACCUCGGGUACAGAUGGCUCGCCUGAAGAUAGACUUGUUACAGCCUCGGGAUUUCAUAUGGAUGCCCUAUAGCGCACUCGACGUCAUCCAGGUUGUCCAUCCGGAGGUCUUGGAGCCUCGGCAUACGAUGUUAUGGCGGUGUAGGACGUCCCUGAUUUAUUUUGCGGUGGUCGAGUGGCAUCAGGUUGAUAGAGUUUUACCUCAGUUUGGGGGGGUUCAGCCCACACCGUCUCCCGCCCUGAACAUCGACUUCUUGAUGUCGAAGGACGGGAGAGGAGGUGACCGUUGGUUCCCAGCACAUUUACCUGAGUGGCAUCUUCACUGGCAGGAGCGUGCGGAGCACAUUCUACAGUUCGAUGUUGUGCCCGACCCCGGUCUGUCGCAUGAUUUCUUGACAUGGUGGUAUUAG